CGCUGCACCGCGCUCCGGCCGCGCUGCAGGGAGCUCCGGCCGCGCUGCACCGCGCUCCGGCCGCGCGCCCGCCUGCAGCUGCGGGGAGGGAUGCAGGUGUGCCAGCAGCGCAAGAGAGAAACGUCAUUUGACUCACUGAAGAUUUAAAACCGACAGAGUCAUAUGAGUGGGAGAAAAUGAAAUUUUAGUCUCAAGUGGCGGUAUCAAGUCAUAAGAAGUAAAGAGAUUUAGAUGGUUUCUCACUAAAUGGAAGUUAUAUAGAAGGCCUCUAAGACCACUGCAUCUCUCCAUCCUGCUCCUGCUGCACAGAGACUGGAAUCUUGGCCUUGGACAUUAAUAAAAUGCUGGAUUCAGUCAAGUGUGUUCUGGUGGGAGACUCUGCGGUUGGGAAAACAUCUCUCUUGGUACGUUUUACCUCUGAGACUUUUCCAGAUGACUACAGACCCACUGUAUAUGAAAAUACUGGAGUGGAUGUCUUCAUGGAUGGCGUACAGAUCAGCUUAGGUCUUUGGGACACAUCUGGCAGUGAUGCCUUUAAAAGCAUUCGCCCCCUCUCCUACCAACAGGCAGAUGUGGUAUUAAUGUGCUAUUCAGUGGCAAACCAUAAUUCCUUUCUGAACCUGAGGAACAAAUGGAUCAGCGAGAUCCGCAGCCAUUUGCCCCGCAUCCCUGUUUUGGUGGUGGCCACUCAGACUGACCAGCGUGACAUGGGUCCCUACAGUUCCUCCUGCAUCAGCCCUCUCGAUGGGAAGCGGCUCGCCCAGGACGUGCGAGCCAAAGGCUACUUGGAGUGCUCCGCCCUCAGCAACAGGGGCGUGCAGCAGGUGUUUGAGUAUGCUGUGCGGACAGCGGUCAAUCAAGCCAAAAGGCAGAACAGGCGGAAGCUCUUCUCCAUUAAUGAGUGCAAGAUCUUUUGAGGACUGUCAGCAGUGGUUUUGCUCACAUUUGUUCUUUCUGUUUUCUCACAAAGACGCUGUAGCAGAGAGAAUGGGAGGUGAAUCAAAGGAGGGCUCCUGGAAGGACCACAGUGCAGGUGCCUCUUGUGAGACAGGUGUGCUCUAUACCUGAUCCUCUUACCUCCAAAAAAUAUGGGCACUAUCUAGAAAAAUGAAAGGUGCAUACCCUUAUUCACAAGCCUGUGUUUGGACUUUGCAAGCCUGAACUACAGCAGGCCUGGCCUGCAGAUCUGCAGAUAACAGAAGUAUUGAUUUUGGUUUUGUUUCUGUCAGUGUUCCUCAGUUGUUGGUUUGUCUGCAUCUGCAUUUAUUUAAUGACAAAAUUCUGCCUGGAUCAACCCCCACCUCUGUCUUUGUGGAUUUUUUUUUAAGAAUAUAGUAUAUAAAACCUGACCAAUGUGUAUUUUAUUUAAAGGACUCUUGGAUAUAUUGUUGAAAAAUCACAACAGUUUGUUUUAAUAUUUUGGAGGUUCUCCCUUUAGCUAACCACAGAAAUGAACUGUCCUAUCCAUGUAAUAAAUGGCCUGCAGGUAAGUCUUAGACGUGCCUGAGUCAUUGCAUAACAGCCAUCACUAUGUCCAGCAUAGGAGUAAUCAAAACUUACUGACUUUGACAGCUGUCUCCUGCAGGUUUUGUGAGAUUUGUUACCUUAAUAUUGUUCCUCAACAAUGUGGUCAAAGGUGGAAACUAAUCUGAUUCUUCCUAGACUUCACUGGCUUACAACCUCAGGGCUUGCAGACAGGGUUGGUUUGCAGACAUAUGGUUGGGCUGGCAGGGAUAAAUCUGGGCAACCAUCACCUCUGUUGUCCCUACUGUAAUUCUGGAGGCAAAAGAUUUCAGUCUCUAGAGAUGGAAGAUAUUUUUUUCAUGAGCACUUAUAUUCUCACAUAUUUUUACUAUACUUUUUUUCAAAGUGGUGUCUUUAGUGAAACCAGUCACCUACAUUAGUAAAAGACUGAGUACAUAGCAACUUUGAAUGGGUGUCUUUAGAAUGGCUAAAUGGCUUCUUUUUUUGAGUUUGCAUGCUAAGUAUAACUCCCUAGGUUGCACCCAAGUAAGACCGAAACAGGCUUUACAUCCUGGGGAGCAUGUCAAGUCUAGGAGCCAAAUCCUGAUGUAUGUACUGGGGCAAAGUUACCCUUCUGCACAGAAAGGUAGGAUAAGGAAAUGGAAACUUUAGGUGUGUGAGAGAACUCUGUUAGAAGAUGAAGUGGGCUCAAGACACGAUGCUGUACAUUCCUUGUGAAUUGUGGUGGUACCCUCCUUCUCAUAUUAUCUCUCCCCUCUGUCCUGUCCCCCCUCUCAGGUCCUGCAGAUUUGUCUUGUCCCAAGAGAAUUUCUUAGUGCAGCAAGAUUUUCUUUGUCCCUUUUCCUGUCCUUCAGCUAGCUAGGAACUAACUUUUGAGGGGCUUAUAGUGUGGUGCCAUUAAAGGUGGCACAUAGCACAGUAGGAUUAUUUCACCUGUGAUGUAGGUGAGCAAGUAUUUACACUGUGGGCACCUUGAUUACCAGUGGGACACAGAACACCUGGUGUUGUGAUUGUCCUGCCAGCUUCUAGACUGUUGAAUAUUUACUGCUCAUCAACCUGAUUGUAAGAGAGGCUUCUGAUCAUAAAAAUAUCCUGGUCUCAUCUGAGAUCUCAUCUCAUCCUGGUCUUGUAUUUUUAUAACAGCCUUAAAUCUUUACAAACUUCUGCACCUGAGCAUACCAGACAGGGACUUCUGUCACCACCUAUCUUCCCUGAAUUCUUCUCUUUCUUACUUAUCUUUCUUCUCAAGUGUUGACUUGUUACUGAAACACUAAAACGGACAUAUUUUUUAAAUAAUCUGAAUGUCAUUGUACUUGUGUAUAGAGUUACACAAGUGGCCAAGUAAUUGCCGUCCUUGGUUAAAAAUCUUUUGGCUUUUGGGAGAAAUAUACUUCUACAUGUCAACUCUUGUAACACCUCUCCACUGGAAGUCUUAGGUUUUGUUACUUUAAUUUAAAAGUAGCCAUUGUUACAGUUUGAACAUUAAAGAUUCCAUGAC